GACACUGAGAAGAGAAACAUUCCAUUCUCCUAAAGUGUAGAGGCACAAAAAUGUAUGACUUGGCCAGAAAUGGUGGAUCCACGUGAAGCAAGGUCUCGUGAUUUGCAUGCCCUUUUCCAAGACUGACUUCGAAAUCCAAGUAGAUUCUCGAUUGCAUACCCUACGAAGAAGAUCUCAUCUACGAUUGGCGAAGCUAAUUCUUCUUAACGAUACAAAACAGAAACUUCAUUUCCGACAGGUCAUAGAUUAAUUGCAAACCGCUUUAUUAAACUGUCGAGUCAACCAAGUGAACCAAGUGAUCGGUCGUCAGACAUCGAGUGUCCACAAAUAUAAGGAUAGGUUAAUAUUUGCUCCCUCCAAAAGCGUUUUGCCUGCAAUUCAAAUGAUUCUUGGCACUUGACAAUCAUCAGAUGUUUUAGCUCGAAUGACCCCCAUCGCAUCAUACGUAGACCUCGUGCUUUGGGCCGCGGUCUCCAUCCAUUGUAGAUCCAAGCAUCAUCAACUGUUUUGGGGCCAUGGCAAGUGAGACGAAAGAGUUGGCACCAAAGCCAUGUCAAGAUACACCCAAAGAGAUUCACAUUCCGGAUCUCGACCAUAUCCUGGAAGUGCUGGACGACGUAGAGAAACGAAUCGAAGACUACCAAAAACAAGCCAUCGCUCUGAUUGGCGAGAGGCGUUCUUUGGAGAGUACCCUCGAGACACUUCAUUUGGUACCGGAAGAUGCAACCAUGGGCGAAGUCGACCAACAAGAUGUGAAUUCUCACGUGGAACGAUUGCGAACUAGACUGGCCACAGUAACGGUUCAAGUUGAAACGGCUCGAGAUGACGUCCAAGCUCAAGCCUGGGCCGAAGUGAACACUCGCCUUGAAGCCUUGAUCUCGAGCAUCGAAAAUGGGGAGUUGGAGUCCAAAGCCGUCUUGGAAAAAUAUCUGAACUCGUGCUCAUUCGAGACAGCCACCGAGGAUCCUAAUUUUGAGAAGUUGGUCUUGUCCUGUUGCUUGGACGAUCAGAAGAAAGUUCGACAGCGACUGAAAACCAUGGCCGAACAGAUUGAAGGCAUUGAUUUUUCGGAUUGAAAGACCCUUGUAUUUCGAUGUCACGUCAAUUCCGUUUCUGUGAUACUCCCGUACGGUUUGAAUAUCAGUCAUGUCAAAGCGUGUUUAGUUAAAGAAAAACUGUCAUAGAAAUAAAUGUCUAGGUCUCUCAUCUA